AUGACGUCGCGCUCUCGCUCGGACGUCCAGAUCAUGCUGACCGCCAGUCAGAGCGGGAACUCCGCCACGAACGCCGCCAAGGACGGUGCGAAUAGUAGCUUAGUGUUUGAUGCGGCCCUACCCGAGGCAUACGCCACUCUGGACACAGUGCAGAAAGAACACGCCAAAUACAACUCGAACCAAGUCAGAAAUCCUGAAAGUCAGGAGAGGGACGCGGACCCACUGAAGCAAUUUGAUGGAGUCUCCCCCUCUGAAGGAAGCAUGAGUGUGGCUGGAGUGACAGUGGGGAGUGAGGGGGGAGGGAGUGGAGGGGGCGUGGUUCCAGACCCACCCUCUUCCCUCUCGCGGCCUCGUCGACGAUUCGAAGCGAAAAACACUCUCUACGAAGACCACGAACUCCCACCUGACAGCCUCAAGCAUCGCUCUCUC